GUAUAUGAAUUGUGAAUAUGACACUGGAAAUGUAUGGCAAGUUCAACAACAACAGACGAACAGUACUGAACAUUUGAGGAUUAUUAUGAAAUUCGUAUAAAAAGUUCAACAACUUCAUAAAUCCCACUCCGAUGUAAAUAAAACUUCGCUAAAGCGUGAAAUAUAUAUCACGCAAUGUAAUUCACGUGUAAACAUACUUUUGCACAGUGCUGCUAAGCUGUGCACGCUGAAAAUCUGCUGCCAAUCUUUUAACUUCUUCCCAAUCUGCCAUGUCAGUUCUCGCGAUGAAUUACGAGAUCUGAUGCAUUGUGGGUUACACUGUUUUGGCAACAGUCAAUAUGGCGGACGAACUUAAAAAUGAGGGUGACUCCGAAUAUGAAGAUUCCUCAGAGGAAGAUGAACUGAAUAAUCUAGGAGAUACGGCGGAAGAAACUCCUAGUCAUAAAGAAACUGAAGGAGAAAAGAAAACAGAUACAGAUACAGAACAAAAUGAUGUCACAAAGAAGGUUGAGUCACUGGAUCUGUCUAAGUUCAAUAAAAAAACAUUCAAAACAACCUUACCUAAUUUACUGACACAAUAUGGCUUUGAAGAGGAGGUUCCCUACCACAUUAAAAAAGAGAGAGAGCGGAGGAUGCGAGAGAAGUCAGAAAGUCGCCAGAGACCAGCAUCAAGGAAGCUAAUGACACCAUUUGGUGGAGAUGAUGAUGAUAUCAGAGAAAAGGAAAAACAAGAGCACUAUCUGAAUGUCCUUGAUGAGACUCACAAGAUCAGAGACAUCUAUUAUAAGAAGUAUAUGAGCAUGUUGAAUAAGAAGAUAGAGAAACAGAGAGAGUCAAUUCAGAAGAAAACUGACAGUUUGGUGAACAAAAUCAAACUGGCUGAAGAGGCAGAUAAACUGAGGAGUCACAAAGUUCAGAAAAGGCACCAGGCCCACAAGUUGAACCACGACUCCACCUAUCUGAAAAGCAUGCAUCAAACAAAGGCUUGGAAGAUUUUACAACUUGAAGAAAAAUUAAAGAACCAAGGUAAACUUCGUACCCAGACUGAUAUUGAUGCAUUCUGGAAGAACAUUCAGAAACCAGAGGUCUACAGGUCAUACUUCGUCAAGAAACCUGCUGUAGCAGUUACAGAUUCUGACUCUGUUGAUAAUGUUGAUGGGUCUGCUCGAGAUACAUGUACGUCCACUCAUAUAGAAGAUAAGAGACGUGUUCUCCAAUCACACUCUGUUGUGACAGACACUGUGGAGGAGGAGAGGCCAAUGUCCAGAGAACAACAGCUCUGGGCUAUAACACAACAAUUCCAGUCUCAGUAUAAGGGAGGAUUGAAUCCUACAUUGAAGGCCAGAGCUGCUGGGUUUGCUCUUGACAAACUCUGUCCUACUGUAGAAAUGCCAGAUCUAGCAUGCAACAGGCUUCAGCUGGGUGAGAAACCUCCAGAUCCUGAUGAGAUGAUAGCCAAGAUGGAGGCAAGGCAGAGGGAUAGAGAGAGGAAAUACUUUGUAAAACGACUAAGAAAGAUGCAUCAACAUGCCAUGAGUAACACUGCCUCAUCAUUAAGAAUUCUUGACAAACAUGCAGCUCAGGCAGAACUGUCAGCUGCUAUGGACAUGGACAAUACAAGUCUAAGAGAACUGACCAGGGAAGGAACAUUUGAACCCUUCAUAGUCAACCAGAGUGGGCUAAAAGAGGAACCCUUAUCACCAUCAUGGCAUAAAUACCUAGCUGCAGAACAUACAAUGCUGAGUUCACAAGGUCGUGCUGAAUCUCUGGGAUCUCUGAAGGAAUCAACGCACAGUGGGAGCUCUGCAUAUAGCAAGAGAACUGAUGCAUCACAUGAGCUUCAAUUACAAAAGGAAGCUGAAGCAUUGAUUGAGAAGAGGUCUCCUUCUCCCAUACAAGCUAUACCCCUAACCAUGCCUGAGGUGAAGGCCAAUGCAAAACUUAUGGAGCCUAAAUGUAUCAGCACUAAUUGGACCAACUAUUUAGGGGCUGGAAAGAGUUUGUUUGCUAAGACUUGAAUCAUGAAGCUGCAAAAUAUGGACCAUUUCCCAUUUAUUGAUCAAAUUGUGUAUUUGACUUUUAUGGAGCACCCGAGUAGCUAAAACUGAUCCUUUGGGACUGACAUGUUGUAGAUUUGGACCCACAUCCUAAAUAAAGGAAUGAAGUGGCUUCCAUAUCAGCCCUCAUAAUAGAAAAUUUUCUAAAACGAUUAUGUGCAACUUAGAUCCAAUGUAUUUAAAGGGGAUUGUUAAUUACCCAUUUUAAUACAGAUAAUGAAUAUAUUUUGUACAAAUAUAAUUUAUUGCAUUUUACAUGAUAACAAAGGUGUGAAUAGGAAUUCAACUUUAUAAUAAAUAUGAAAUAAAUAGAGAAUAACAGUGAUUUUCGCAUUCAGUUAAUAGUGAUUCAAUCGAGUUCUACUUUUAUAGUUAUAUUUUAUCACCAAAAGUUAAAAUGUCUUAUGUUUCAAGUUCAUGCUGAAAAGAUGAACCAUA